CGUCCUACCCGAGUGAUCACGGUUCAUGUUGCUGCUUUAAAGGGAUAGUUGGGAUAGAAACUUUAGCACAAUCGAGUGAAUUCUGUUAGUGUAAAGCUGUGAUUUUUUUUUCCCCGGAUCCAUGCGGAGCCAUGCGUGUUACAAGCCUAGAAAUGUGCAAAUGCGUCUUUGAGGUGAGGCGCGUGCUGUUAACAGGCGGGAAGUUUAACGCCUGUGCGCCAGGUGCAGGAGAGCGCGUGACUUCAACUGCAGCGCAAUGAAGCUCUCGGAGAUCCACCAAGCUGCACUAGCGGCUCUCAUCACUUUCUCAUCCUCACACGUAAAAUCAAUCCCCUUGGAGUGUGAUCCGGAGUACCUAUGGCUUCAGGAAGAGGAGAACUGCAAAAACAUUAUCCACCAAGACAACAUUACACAUGCUAACUCCACAGGAUGCAGUGGAUUAUGGGAUGAUGUGAACUGUUGGCCUCCUGCAGAAGUUGGAGAUGUGAUCUCUCAACAGUGCCCAACGUUCCUCAUGGUCAAAGGAAUUGUAAGGAGAAACUGUACAGAGAAUGGGUGGUCAGAUCCGUUCCCACCGUAUGUGCUGGCCUGCAGAUACUCGAAUGUCAUGGUGAACCCUCCCUCAGAUAUGACACUGGUGUCACAUGAGUACUUUCUGUGGGUAAAGAUCAUGUACUCAGUGGGUUACAGCAUCUCCCUCAUCUCUCUCACCAUUGCUUUCAUGCUGCUGUGUGUAUUCAGAAAGCUCCAUUGCACUCGGAAUUUCAUCCACAUGCAGCUCUUUUUGUCCUUCAUUUUGCGGGCUGUUUUAAUUUUCAUCAGAGAUGCAGUGUUACACGACUCACAGGAUUAUUACCACUGUGACUCUCACCCGAUUGGAUGUAAAGUGGCACUGAUUUUUUCUAACUAUGGAAUAUUGGCCAACUACAGCUGGCUGCUGGUCGAGGGUCAUUACCUGCACAGCCUCAUUCAUCUGUCUCUACGUUCCCCAAGAAAACGCUUCCACUGGUACAUCAGCUUUGGGUGGGGCGCUCCUAUGCUCAUCAUCAUUGCGUGGAGUGUUGCCAAAUAUCUGCAGGAGGAUGAGGGGUGUUGGGAGACAAGAAGCAGAGGCUGGAUCUGGUGGAUUCUGAGAGUUCCUGUAAUCCUGUUCAUUACCGUGAACCUCCUGUUUUUCCUGAGAAUCAUGCAAACAAUAGUAAGCAAGAUGAGAGGUCCGGACAUGAUUGGAAAUGAGUUUAAACAGCACAAGAAGCUGGCCAAGUCCACACUGCUGCUAGUGUCACUGUUUGGUGUGCAGUAUGGCCUCUUCACCUUCUUUCCCGAUGGAGUCAACCUCCUCACUUUCCAGAUCUGCAAUGCCAUUGAGCUCGCCCUGGCCUCCACACAGGGCUUUACAGUUGCACUUCUAUACUGCUUCCUGAAUGGAGAGGUUCAGCAUGAGAUUACACGCCGCUGGCGACGGUGGCGCCUCAAGCAGAGUGUCCAUGGCGACACCAGAUUGCACAAUGGUUCCCUCAGCCAAAGUGGCCUACCACUCACACAGAUCUCUCUCUUAGGCAGACAUAAUAAUAUGUCCUAACAAACACACAGCAGACUAUAACACAGUCAAACUCAAUAAAAUAUUAUACACACAAUCAACUAUAGAAAAAAACAUUAGCUUUUACUAUUUACAAAUUAUAAACCUUAACAGUGACACACACACACACACACACACACGCACACAUACGCACACGCAUACAGACAUGCAAAGUCUCAGUUGCCAGGAUUUAGGCGCAUUAUUCUGCUGUUAAUAGAAUCUGAGUUUACUAAAAAUCAUUUUGUCAAGCUAUUUAAAACACUGCAGUAUAAGAACAAGGUUUCAUGUUGUAUUGAUAUGAUACCAUAUAGUGGCUUUAAGGCCACAAACUGCCUAACUGUCUAAAUAAGCAGUAGCUUAGUCAUUUUUAUGUUUGUUUUAUGUGAUGUUAUAAAUUUUCGACAUUUUUGCAAACUGAAUCAAAUACUUUAAGACUAAACCAAACACUCCAAAUAAUAUAUUGUUUGAAUGAUCUUGGAUUAUGUUCCACUGUCUUUGUUUACUAUAGUUUAAAUGAUAUAUUCAUAGCCAAGGGCUCGUUUGCAGAAAAUCAUUUUCUCAAAGCACUUAUCCUGGGAAAAUUAAGCCCAUAUUCUCCAGUUUCAAUACCGUUCAGCUUGUUGUGUUGUCUACAUGCACAUAAUAAAGCACUGAAGAUGUUUGUUGUUACUUGCUAAAGGCCAAUGGUGUAGUAUUUUUUGCUGCUGGUUAGUACAAUAGAUUAUAAACAUGAUUAAAGUCGAAAUUUGUGUAUGGUGUGAGACACACAUGCUUUGUUUUUUUUUAUAUACAUGAUGUAAAAUUUGUGAGGUUAUG